AUGCGUGGGGUCGUGCUCAAGCAGUGCGUGGACGAGAGGCGGGAGCAGCACACGGCAUGGCUGGAGGCGAGGGUGGGAGAGCUGGAGGCUCUGAUUGGACCCUCAACCCACACUGCUGUCUCUCCCCUCUCCUUUCCCCUUGCAUCCUCCCGCCCAUCCCCACCCCAGGUGGACGAGAGGCGCGAGCAGCACACGGCAUGGCUGGAGGCGAGGGUGUACGAGCGGAAGGAGCAGCACAUGGCAUGGCUGGAGGCGAGGGUGGACGAGCGGAAGGAGCAGCACACGGCAUGGCUGGAGGCGAGGGUGAGGGAGCUGGAAGCAGCAGUGGACGACAGCAAGCACUGGGCGCAGCAGCGCGUGAGUGUGAUGCAGGUGGCGCAGAAGCUGGUGAGGGAGAGCAAGGAGCUGCGGCAGCUGAGGGCGGAGGGGGAGGAAUGGGUGCGCAGCCGAGAUCUCUCUUUUCUCCUCCCCUUCCCUCACCCUGACUUCCUUCCUCAACACCGGUUCCCCCCCUUUCUCCCUCCAUUCGCCCCUUUGGCCCUCUGUUCCCCCCGACUCUUCCCCCCGAAGCUGGUGAGGGAGAGCAAGGAGCUGCGGCAGCUGAGGGCGGAGCGGGAGGAGUGGGUGCGCAGCCGGCGCGAGCAGGACGGCAAGGAGGAGAGCGCCGCGCGCCAGCUGGGCGAGAUGGAGGCGGCCCUCCGGAAGGCGUCGGGGCAGGUUGACCGUGCCAACGCUGCUGUUUGUCGGCUGGAAGCAGAGAACGCUGAGCUGCGAGCGGAGCUGCAGGCGGCGGGGCUGAGGGUGAGCGAGGCGAGUGCCAAGCUGGCAGAGGCGGGCAAGCGGGAGGGCAAGGCGCUCAAGAGGGUGCAGGCGAUCGAGAGGGUCAAGGCGAAGCUGCAGGAGGAGCUAGGGGAGGAGAGGCGCAAGCUGGCAACGGCCCUGUCCGACUUGGAAGCGACGCGGCGGCGGCAGCAGCAGGCGGAGCAGCGGUGGCGGCAGGAGGAGAAAGCCCGAGAGGAGGCAACUUCUCGCGCCGACGCUGAGUGCCGCGCGCGCGAGCAGGCGGAGACGGCGUGGAAGCAGCGCGAGGAGACACUCAGAGCCAAGAGCGAGGCGGACGUGAAAAGGCUUGGUACUGUUGCAGGGAUGGGUGGGAUGUCUGGAGUCACAGGAACGGCAGGAGUGGCAGGAGUGGUACCACUGAAUGGGAUACACUUUGGGGGAGCAGGCUUGGGAGGGGCAGGAGGGGCAGGGGUUGCAGGCAAGGGGGGGAGGCAGGGAGCGGCAGCAGGGCACGGAGGGGGGCGCAAUCAUGGGGUCAUUGGGGGGGCACGGGGAGGGGGAGGGGGCGGGGCAGGGGGAGGGGGAGGGGGAGGUGGAGGCGGAGGGGGAGGGGGAGUAGCAGGAGGAGGGGGAGGGGGAGGCAUUCUCAGUGGCAGUCUCACCGGCAACCCUGCGUCUGCUGCUGCUGCAGGCACCACAGCAGGCCAUGGCGCCCUGCUGCCCCACAUUGGCCUUGGCGGGAUUGUUCUAGGCGGGGGAGGAGCAGGAGCAGGAGCAAGCCUUGGGGCAGGGCUGGGAAUGGGGCCAGUGUUCGGGAUGGGCAUGGGAGGAGGAGGAGGGGGAUGUUCGGCCCGCAAUAGGGCGGAAAGUCUUCUUAGUCACUCACACACCUGCGGUCCCUUCCCUUGCCACCGCACAGGCGCACUGGCGGCGCGCAUGCUGGGUAACAACGUGGCUGACGCAUCAGGCACAGUCACGGGCGACGUCAACGCUACGGGCGUCGUGCUGCUCGCCGUCUACAAUUACAGCGGCGACUACAACAUUCGCUACGGCGCCGCCCUCAAGCUCACCGAUGCGGGCCUGCCCACAUCCAUCACCAUCAACGACAACGCCACGUCAGCAGUUGUCCUGGAUUUCGGCGCCAGUGCCACAUGGACCAAUCUCACGUGGUCUGGAAACUGCUCUGCACUGAACGCCAAUGGUACUCUGAAGCGCGGCGCCCGCCGCCAGCCGCCCUUCCCUAAGUUUUUCGGCUUCUUCCGCCCUCCUGUUCCCUCGGGAUUUGUUUAUGGGUUUGCUGGGAUGUGGUAUAACGCGAGCACUAUUACCACGGCGGCCGGGCCGACUUAUAAGGAUGUGAUGGAUCUGCUUCUGGCGAAUCCUGCUUCUUACUAUGCGGUGGGCACCACUGAUGCGUAUCCCAAUGGUGCUGCUCUUGGCGAAUCGGGUGCGCUGGCGGCAUUCUCACCUCCUCCCGUCACGGUUCAACCUCCCGUCUCUUUUCCUUCUGUCCCACUCUCUCUGCUAUCUCUCCUCCCGCUGCUUCCGCUUAUCGUCGCGGAUCGGGUGCUGGCGGAGUCCGUUCCGCUCUUCGAGAACGGCGCCGACGUGCUCACGGCUGCGGGCAGCGGCGAGCCCGUUACCAACAGCGUCAUUUCGCUACUCUUCGGCGUCGCUGUCGUCGGACUGGUCGUGCUGACUGGCGGGGUGGCGUACCUGGCGUACACAGACUGGCAGGACAAGAGGGAGAUGGAGAAGCUGGCAGCAGCAGAACCGGUGAAGCGGCCAACAGCCACGUCUGAGAUCCGCGCCGCCAUGAAGUCACCGCCCCGCGCCACGCCCAAGGGGUUUGGGAAGAAGUCAGAGAAGGAGAUUGCGGAGGAGAGCGAUGCUUGA